GGAUUAGCAGUUUUGGAUCUAAAAGAGAAAGGACUAUCCAGGGUACCUGACGCAGUCACUGAACUGAGUGAAAUAGAGAAUCUUGUGCUGGAAAAAAAUAACUUGAUUAAAUUACCAGCAAGUAUCAGCGAGCUGAAAAAUCUUAUUGUGCUCGAAUUGAAUAGCAACAAUAUCACUGAACUACCUGCUGAGAUUGGUGACCUCAGGGAGCUGAGGGUGCUGUGGGUGAGGAACAACCAGUUGGUUGGUUUACCUACCAGUAUACAGAGGCUGACCAAGCUUCAAAGGCUGCACUUGGAUGGAAAUAAACUAACUGAACUACCUGCUGAGAUUGGUGACCUCAGGGAGCUGAGGGGGCUGUGGGUGACGAACAACCAGUUGGUUGGUUUACCUACCAGUAUACAGAGGCUGACCAAGCUUAACUGGCUGUACUUGGAUGGAAAUAAACUAACUGAACUACCUGCUGAAAUUGGUGACCUCGGGGAGCUGAGGUGGCUGUGGGUGAGUAACAACCAGUUGGUUGGUUUACCUACCAGUAUACAGAGGCUGACCAAGCUUGAAAGGCUGUACUUGAGUGGAAAUAAACUAACUGAACUACCUGCUGAGAUUGGUGACCUCAGGGAGCUGAGGGUGCUGCAGGUGAGGAACAAUCAGUUGGUUGGUUUACCUACCAGUAUACAGAGGCUGACCAAGCUUAAAAGGCUGGACUUGAAUGGAAAUAAACUAACUGAACUACCUGCUGAGAUUAGUGACCUCAGGGAGCUGAGGUGGCUGAGUGUGAGUCAUAAUCCUUUAACUGUUGACGCAAUAAGACGUGCAUUGAAGUUAAGAAAGAAAGGAGUAUAUGAUGUUGAAGGUAAGCACGGCGGAUAUUAUACUUAUUUGGAAGUUCGAAAAAAAACCGAGAUAAAAUUCCACUAUUUGCCUGGGAAAGGGAAGUCAUUUUUUUUUCAGUUAUCGGGGGUUUCGCGAAUUUAAGGGUUUGAUAAAUCAUUAAGAUAUGCUACAAACUGUACUUUCAAAAUCAAUGGUAAAUUUCUUGUACGUAUUAAUUCAUUUUAAUUAAUUCGUCUGUUUUAAAGUUUCAAAUCAGCUGUGAAAAAUAGCUAUUAUCCAGGGUGCACCAAACAUUGUAAGCUAUUGUAUUCCAUCACACCCUUACUAAAUGACUCACCUGUUGCGCUUGGAAGUAGUGGGCGAAAGAGAGAACGGGCUCGCGUGUCUCCUUCUCGCGCGCCCGUUUUUUCUUGUGCCCACUACUUCCAAGCGCCCGCUAUGCGAACUUUCAGAGGGAGAGAAGCAAUGACCGGAAAUACGUCUGCUCUUCGCAGACUAAAGAAAUACGAGCUGACCCCUAAAAACGCCUGCGGGGGUUGCCUGCGAACAGCAGACGUAUUUCCGGUCGUCGCUUCUUUAUUUUUCGUAGGGACAGAAGCGACGACCGGAAAUACGUCUGCUGUUAGCAGGCUAGUAUUUCUUCGGAGAGGGAAGAAAUACGAGCUCCCCUAGAAACGCCUGCGGGGGAGGCUAUGAUUUCACUGUGGUCAAUUUGCUGCUGAACGGAACACUUUUUCUGGGUGCUUGUUGACAUACCGACGAUUACUAGCUGUUUUCACUUUUAAAUUUAGCUCGGAAGAACUCAAAGGAUUCAAAUUUAAAAAGCGCGCCACAUUAAAAAAUGUUAAGAGACGAAGCGCUUUGAAUGUGUUUUCGUUUAAUGCUUCUCGCUAUUUUAUGAAUGCAGUUGAAUAGUGUCUCUAAAGAGUAAGAGGAUAGGAAGUAAUGUUGUAAUCCUGUUUCAAAAUGUAACAGCAAAACAGCAAUAAUUGCCGUAAGUAGCGUAGGUUUAACCCGCCGUGCCAAAUCGAUGAAACUCUUUAGUCGAAAUAAUGGCUUCUAUUCGAUUUUAAACGAUAUUAAUUAAGCGAUUGAUAUCGGUAAUCGAUAAAUAUCGAAGAUCUAAAAAAUUGUGAGGAUCAAUUUUUACAAAUGUCAUCAAUUUUCAUCCAUUUUAUCGAUUGUCAAUUGUAAUCCUUUAAUAAUGAUUUCAGAUACGUUUGCGCUACCACUGGCUACGAAUUAGUAAUUAAAAGUCUUACCUAUUAAUUGUCGAUUUAUUCAUCGAGGACAAAAGAUUCACCCGUCCUUAUUGUAAAUGGGCUCUGGUGGUAGCCCUUCACUACAGCCUCUAGUAAUAUAAAAUGUUCAUUUCGCCGGUCAUUUGGCAGGCGUCUGUCACAACGCGCAACGAGAUUCUGAUUUAUGAGGACAAGUUGCACCAUCUCGCGUGGUUGUCUAACUUUUCGUAAUUUUUCGGUCAUAAAGCCGAAAAAACAGUUAGCAUGUUUAACUCGCUAACACAAGACGAGGUGUUUUAGCUGUAUUUCUGGACUUUUCUGGCUUUAUCUAGCUAAAAUUAACUCAGUGAAAACACAACCGCAGAGUCUUAAAGCCAUUUUUCACUUAAUGGAUGAAGUAAUAUUGUCAUGUUAUAAUUAUGGAAGAUUGGCCGCGGAACACAAUAUGUAUUAAAUAAAAAAUUAUUGUCACAGAGCAAUAAACAGACCAUUAAGGAUGAAGAGUUUUGAGCUGUUCAAGAUUCAAAUUAGAAAAGGUGGCUUGGCUUAAGCCUGAGAAAGUACUUCUCGUGAUCUAAACAAUAACUGGUCUGAAAUUUGUUAUACCAUUUAACAAAAUUAAAAGUCACACUUAGCUUCACUUAGGUUUGUUUGGCAAGUUAGUUUUUGUUGUUUUCCCUGCAGCAUGCACGGCCAUAGUGUAAGUGAAUUGUCUAACCACCCCCCUCACAUGGACGGCCAGGUGUCUUGCCUUUCACCUGAAACCUGCCCAGCACGUAGCCUUUAGGAUCAAACCUUCCCAACACUUCAAAAGCAUAAUGCUUGGAGAGGAGGAAACAAACUACAGAAUAAUUUAAACAAAAGACUUAAAUUAUUUAGCGUAAUGACUCGAUUUAGUGCCCAGAGCCCUUAUAUACUUAUGGUUUCUCAAAUGAGGGCGCUUAUUCGAAACAGGGCGUCUAUUUCUUUUAUGAUGCGAAGCAAAACUCUUGAACCUUGAAACAGGGGCAGGGCACCUUAUGAGCAGGAAUUAGCAAAGGUCUACGAUCAUGGCUCCUUCUGGCAAUCCCUUGAUUUGGAGGUCGAAGCUUGUUCAUGAAGGCGAAUUCUCGUCUGCUAUACGAGGUCGUCAUGUCUACAAAGCGACAUGGUCUCCAACUAAGACUCAAAUUCCAAGCUAUCAGUGACAUUCAACGCUUUAACCUUCCAAUCGUUCCGACAAAUAAUAGCAACACCACCACCGAUCGGCGAGCCAGCUCGAUCUUUCCUCACCAUAAUAUAGCCCUCUGGCCAAUUCGAAUGUGACAUUAUCUUACUCAACCAUGACUCCGAAACAAAACAGUGCUCAAAUAAAAGGCGUCUCUCGAAUAAUCGCCUCCUUAGACCGAAAUGUUUAAAACAAUCGCCUCCCUCCAAUAAUCGCCCAACCCCACCCCUCUCGCCAUCUUCUCUUGCUUUUAUCCCCUCCCUGUCAAGUUGCAGUGGAGCCUGAUCCAGCAAAACUGAUUAGUGACCACAUGGUGACAAUUCAAGCUCGGGCGCCGAGGAUAUUGACGUUAAAAUUAAUCAAAUAACCAAAUUUGGAACACUUAAAAAGCCUUUGUUCUGUUUAUUUGAUGUUAUCAAUUUUUGGUUUAAUGGAAUAAUAAAACAAAAUAUUUAGGGCACGACCUCCAAUGAACAAUAUUUGAAAUAAUCGCCCACUCAAAUAAUCGACUCCUUUUUGUUGGGAAAAAAUAGUAAUCGCUCCCGGCUAUUAUUCGAGGAAUUACGGUAUCAAUGUUAUUGUUAAUAAGCUCGGCAUAAAGAGCCGGGGCUGCGUCAGGUUUUACCAGGCACCGGGCAUUCAAAACCAUACACUUUGGCACUAUCUUUGGUGCUGUAGGCCCUUUGCUGAUUUUAACAAUCGAGAGCGUUCGCGGCCGUUCACUCGGGUUGCGUGAAUUCGGGUCAACCUUGUCACGAUAGGAUGGAACAAUAGUCGGUGAUAGAAUAGCGGCGCUUAUUGGUAUUGGGGCGCUUUGAAUGCCCGGGUGGGGGUACUUCUUAGUAGUAGGCUCAUGAGUAUGUGCUGCUGGUUUGGGCCGCAUUUUCACGACUGUAUUGACUAUUAUGUGAUUUCAUUUUUAUAAGAGUUACUGGAACGGGGUCGCACAUUUGCAGGAUUUUGGGGGUCAGAAAAUUCAGGUAUGUAAGGAUUUAAAAAUAGAAAGAUUUACACCACACCAAGUUUGACAAAAAUGUGGUAGAUCAUUUUUAGGAUGUUCUUUUUUCCAAAAGUGACUAAGAUGGGGUCUAUAAUAUCGCCACAGUAUGGACUAUAAUGGGUUCGCGGAUCUGAGAGGCCAGCGGCACAUACCCAACAAAAAUUAACCCAAGUAACCCCCCACCCCCCGCAGGUUGGAACAAGGGUGCUUAUGCAAUAGGGGUGCUUAUUAGAGAUUGGGCGCUUAUUGGAACGAAGGUAGUUCGUUGAUGUUCAGAGUAAUUGUUUCUUUUAGAGCGACAGGUAUUUGACAUGAAUGCAAACAACACUUACAAUUCUGAAGAGUGAUGACGCAAAACAUACUACUAAUUUUUAAGGAUCAUUCAUGGUUUUUUGAGUAUGCAUGGAAACUCGAAGUAACCGCUGUAAAAAAUCAAGUUUGAAAUAGCAGUUGGAUUGUUUAAAAGUAUCAAAAAUAACCAACAGUUAAUUAUAUCUUUCACAUUUGAAAUUCAGUAAAAUUAUGUUUACCUUAGAUUUGUUUUAAAAACUUAAGAGACCAUACUGAAAUACCACAAGAAGGACAAUUAACACUGGUGUAAGUCUGUGAUGGAAAUUACCUGCCUAUUACCCGCCUGCCCCCCGCUCCCUCCACCUCCUAGGUCAGUCAACUGAACUAGAAGCCAAUGAACUACGCAACCUCUAAGACAUUACUUACCUUUAAUAAGCAUUUGGUGUUUUGUUCACCAGUUCCUCCAGAAAUGGCAGCACAGCUCGCUUAUGAAAGUGCUCUUAAAGAUGGAGCUGUUAAUAUUUACCGUGGUCGAGUAUUGCUUAUUGGGCAGGAUCGGGCAGGAAAAACAAGUUUGAAGAAGUCUCUCAUUGGUCUACCUUUUAAUUCAAAAGAAGAAAGUACUGAUGGAAUUGAAGUGGAUCCUUCAAAAUUUCGGUUGAACUUUAAUGAAGUCAGAAAUUGGCAACCUAUUGAUGAGAAAAAACAAGGGCUGCUAGGAUGUUCGAAAGAUGUGGCACAGGUGGUGGUGGAAAAGAUGUAUGAUAUUUCAGAAAACUGUGUUUGGGUUCAGCAGGAGGAAAGAGGUGAUGCAAUUCUUCAAAAUGAUUAUAACAAGAAUAGCAAACAGGUUGGUACUGAUGCACAAAAGGAAGAAGCUUCUCUUGUGAACCAGGUUAGUCUUUUUCGUGAAUCCUGCGUAACUUCAAGAACGUGUUAACAGUAAUUAUUAUGAAUUGAUUAUCGCCUUCAUAAAUUAGGUUUUAGUGAGAAAUUUACCUCGGCUUCCCUGUCCUUUCCUACAAUGUCCAUGUCGAAAAUAUGUAAUAAUUGCAAGAUCGUUUUUUUUUUCAGUGGCGGUGAAAAAUUCAGCGUUUUUAUACUUGUCUAGUAAUUUCAGUUCUAAGUGUAGAAUGAUACUACCAUCAGCCAUUAUGUUUUAUUUUAUGUUGUACCCAUCUACACGUAAGCUUAGCCUUUGGGUUGGCGUGUGCAAACCAAAGUGAGUGUAGCCGUAUCUUUAUUUACACUUUUAAGUGUUAAUUAGGCCCUGAGUAUAGGUUUGUUGUUUUUAAUCUCAAUUUCGCUGAUGUUUUCUUUUUUAUGCGAGGAGCAAAGCCAAAGGGCUGGGGGACUCAAUCGAAUAUUUUUUUCUAUAUCUUCUUAAAUUCUGACUGUUAAAAAAUGCAAGAGCGUAUUAAUGUUUUGGAUAUCUCAUGCCUCCAAUAAUCGUGUCUCCAUGUUUAAGUCUACAAAGAAUUUUCUAUCAUCAGAAACAACUUUAAAUGGCUGAAUAAUCGAAUCAAAAUCAAACAAGCCAUUUUAAGUCUUUCAGAAUCCGAAACAACAUUUAUUUUGUUUCUUUUUUUCGCACUCUGUUACAGGAAGGUGAUGCAAACGAAGACGGUGUUAGUGAACUGACAUUAACAGGACCUGAUCAUGAGUUAGUGGUUGAUACUACUUUAUGUCCAGAGGAGAUCAAGGAGCGAGCUGUAGGGUUAAGAAGGGAAUUAAACGGUGAGGAUGUUAAGGCUGAAGAAUCUGUUGUCAGUAUUGAACUGUGGGAUUUUGCUGGACAACACUUGUAUUAUGCAUCUCAUCCUGUAUUUUUAUCAUCACGUGCGCUGUACAUCUUGGUAUGCAACCUCAGCAAGUCACUGCAUGACACUGCCAAGCCCUGUGUGAGGCAAGGGUCUCGUAAUGUCGAUUUGGUAAACCCGAAUGGAGAAACAAAUCUUGAGAACUUGUUGUCUUGGCUGUCCACAGUGCACAGCGUCGCGCAGAUGAGAAGAAAAACCUGUGAUGAUGUAGAAGAAGAGGUGCCUCAUUUGCGCCCCCCAGUGAUCAUUGUAGGAACCCAUGCAGACAAACCAUUUGAAGACAUUGAAACAAUGAAAACAGAAAUCCAGAACGCAAUUGCUGGUAAGGACUAUGAAGGACAUGUGGUGCGGCCUAUCUUCAGCAUUGACAACACUGCAAAAUUAACUCAAACAAAGAUCAAGACAAUGGUUUUCGGGAAAGACGAAAACAUUGAUGAGAUCCAAGCUUUACAAAUCAAAAUUAUGGAAGUGCUAAGACGGGAGCCUUACAUUGGGGAGAGGAUACCUAUAAGGUAAAAAAUGGUUAUACAAAAACAGAAUCCAUUAAAGUAAAUAUUAGAUAAUUUUGUUGUGAAGGUUUGAGCUGUGAGCGCACUGAAAUUACUGUUUAUGUGUAUGGCAUUUGUUUUCACCAGUCCUUGUAACUAAGAUUUUUCUUUUAUGUGCAAUGUGUUUCAGGUGUCUUAAGUAACUCAGUGACUGUGACGCUAUGUAAAAGCGUGACCGCAAUACAUCUAAAGGCUGGUUCAUUGUAUAGUCCUUUACUUUGGUUAAAAACAGCGAGAACAGAAAAGAUUCAGUGAUUCCCGUAUUAGCCACCUGGCGGUCAUAAGAAAUGAAUAUCUCGUUGUUUGAAACAAGUUCACCAUGAAAAGCAGUUUUGACUGGCCUUAAGGAAUAUUCUACCCUAAAGGGUUUGAUAACAUUAUUACGAAUUGACCAAAAAGCACUGUGUACAUUUCAAUUGUCGUUUUAAAAAGGUAAAGUAAAGUGGAUCACUCACAGAUAUUUCUCCAGGGGAUACAGUUAUCCACCUUUCGCACAACUGGGCCCUGUACUUUAGUCAGGACAGGUACACUGUGUCGUGGCAUGGAUACUUAAAGCUAGCUAUAUCAAUUUUCUCUUUGGUUUUGUAAACUAGUUGGCUGAACUUUGAGAAAGUCAUCAACGCUUUGCUUUCCAAGCCAGUUUAUUACCUGAGUAUAAAGAAGCUACGGACCCAUGCCAAGAAGAAGUGCUUCAUCCAUGAUAAGAAAGAGUUUACCACCAUGGUGGAUUUCUAUCAUGACCUGGGGAUAAUUAUCAAGCACCGUAGCACAGUCAUCUUGAGUGCCCAGUGGCUGAUAAACUUGUUCGGACAGCUGAUCACUAUUCCAGAUUUUACGAAAAUGGUAAGAAAUGGAUUUUAAACGUGUUUUAAAACUUGCAAGGUUUAUAAUGGUCCACAUUUUGGAUGACAUCACAGGUUUCCAACUGUGCUGUAGCUAAUAAAAAUAAUUAUAUCAAGAGCAUUGCUAGCUAUCUUUUUGAAAAUGUUAACUGUUCCUCAAAUAUUUGUAAACAGCAAAUUCGUAGUGGAUUGGGCUGCUAUUUAAUAUUUCCCCAGUGUAAAACAGUUAGGGUAGGCGAUGUAAUUCUGAAAUAAAAUCUUAUAGCAAACCUAUAACAACUGAAUUAGUACUAAAGCUUGGUCAGCCGUCGUCCCUGUAAUCAACUCGCUAUACUGACGUCACUAAGAGUAAACAUUACAGUGAAACAUUUUCACCGCACUUUCUUAUUUGAACGUUGUAAUAUCCCAAGAGGAUUCUUGUUUCAAUUUCGAAGGACGUCAGGUGACAUCACGAGGCACCCGCUAACAAUAAUAGAGCUUAUAACCAAUUUACUUGUAAUUUACCCUUUAUGUAGGCUCAAAGGAAUUGGACAACCAAACAGAGUGGAAAUACAUGUUUAAUAAUAUGCACGAAAAAAAUACUCAAUUCUGAUUGGCUGAGAAAGGAGUGCAGUUCUUCUGUAACACGAGUGCAAAUUACAAAUGGUUUCUGAUUGGCUGAAAACGCAAAAGAAACCACCAAGACAUGACCAAGAACCAAUCAGGUUAGAGCUAUUUUAACAAAAAAAUUGAAGAAAAUGGCCAUGGUUUUCAGCAGACGACGCAAAACAACAAUAGAAAAGUUAAAAAAAUAUUCGAAAAACCCAAACACAGUAAAAAGUACGUCUUUCUGGCCAAAUGUAUUGAAAAUGCGAUGCUUAGAGAAAAAUACUGUCAACAAAAUCGAGGAAAAUGAGCCAGAGAAACUAUAAAACAAGCUACUUAUAACAGAUUACGUUAAAGAAAAAAAAGAAAGAACAGAAACGGUGGCAACCACACGCAAACCAUGACAGCUACACUUUUCAAGCAUUUAAAUGAACAAGGAUACAAGUUUUCCAUGAUAACAACAGGGAUUUCAAGUCACGUACGUUGUUUGUUGGAGGAGAAAGGUGUCCGGUUUCUCUCUUUGAGUCUUUUGUGGAGCGAAGACCCCUCCAUGCGAUGGUCUUUUUUUCUACCUGACAGUAGCAAACGAAACCGAAAAUUUAAACAUCUGGUCCACACUAAACCAAUGGGCGAAAAUACCAUAUCUAACAUAAUGAAAGUAUCCCUAGCUGGUACUAGCCUUAAAGAAAGUGAGAGAAACGUUUACGAAUCAUUGUGCAAGACAUCAGAAAAUCUUCAAUAUCAAAAUUAAUCUUGGUACACCUGUAAUUCCUGAUUUCUUCAUAACCAUAUAUACUUCAUCAAUAACCUGUCAGCUUGUAAAUUUUGCACCAACAUCCAACACCGAACUGUCGAACAUUGCUAACAAUAUCAUCAUGAAAUCCUGUAUUUUGGAUCCGCUUCCCGCCACCCCACUAAAGCAGCACUUCGAUUUACUUUUACCAAUUAUCCUACUCAACCUCUGUUUGACUUCGACGUACUUUCAGUACAACGGCAAACACCACAAACAGUUACACGGUACAGCUAUGGGCUCACCACUUUCUGUAGUUGUAGCAGAAAUUGUAAUGCAAAACAUCGAGGAACAAGCCCUAGCUACCUACACACGAACUGUACCUCUUUGGUUACGUUACGUUCAAAGGACACAUUCACCGCCGUACACAAAGACGGAAUCGACGAUUUUCACGAACACCUUAACAGACAGAACGCGGACAUACAGUUCACCAAGGAGAUCGAAGAAAAUGGUAAGAUACCUUUUCUAGACUGCUUGGUCACUCGGGACAACAACAAACUAAAAACGACUAUUUACAGAAAACCGACACAUACCGAACGAUUACUAGACCAGUCUUCAAACAACCCGACCUCUCACAAGGCUACUACUAUCCGGACUCUGACGAGACGAGUGCAACUAGUUUGUGACUCACCUGACAGCCUACAAGACGAGACUGAUUAUCUUAACAACGUUUUUAGUAAGAACAAUUACAACACGGACUUUGUUAGACGGAACACUCACAGUAACACAGAUUCCAACACUCAGACCAACUCUGACCCUGUUACGACAGUGACUAUACCGUACAUCACAGGCACCUCUGAAACUAUUGCACGUAUAUUACAACCUUACAAUAUACGUGUUGCACACAAACCGAUAACCACUUUACGGCGACUGCUUACUAAUGUCAAGGACAAAGACAAACCGGAGGACAGACAGGCAGCAGUAUACAAGAUCAAAUGCUGCGACUGCCAGGCUUCUUACUUUGGUGAAACCGGCAGAAAACUAAGCACGCGACUGACCGAACACAAACGACCGACGAGGAAUGGUGACGUCAACAAUCACAUUGCUGAGCACCAUUUAAAGACGAAACAUCAAAUUGACUGGGACUCUGCGACAUGUAUAACGUCUUCUACUAUCAACGUCUUACUUUAGAAAGCUGGUUUACUAACUUAGAACAAACGCCACUGCCUUCGACACUGUGGAUCACGAUAUCCUCCUUACAAGAUUGCACUCUAAAUACUCUAUCUCUGGCAUAGCUCUUGAAUGGUUUCGCUCCUACCUCACUAAUUGCUCGCAAUUUGCGUUAAUCGAAGGGUGUAGAUCGCAGUCUCGCGAGCUCAAGUGCGGUGUACCGCAAGGUUCUUUCCUUAGACCGAUUCUCUAUGUACUCUACACAGCACCACUGGCCAAAAUUCUACGAUUCCACGAAAUGCAAUUUCACUUUUACGUCCAUGACACUUAAUUGUAUAUUUCUUUCUCAACAAACGACGACAUGGAAUUAACCAACAGUAUCACUAAGAUUGAGGAAUGCCUGUCCGACAUUGAUAAGUGGAUGUCCAUUAACAGACUAAAACUAAACAAAGACAACACCGAGCUUCUCUACUUAUUCUCAUAGUAUAAUCCACAACAAUCCCUACCCCCUCUUCACUUUGGAACUGACAUAAUCAAGCCCUUUCCACAUGCAAGAAACAUUGGCGCUAUCUUCAAUACCACUAUGUCAAUGCUUCCCCAUGAAAACAAUGUCUGUAAAUCUGCCUUUUAUCAUCUUCGCACCGUUUCGCGCAUAAGGAAAUACGUAUCAACGCAAACUACUGAAAUUCUUAUUCACGCCUUCGGAACUUCCAAACUCGAUCACUGCAAUUCUCUGCUAUAUAAUGUCCCUAAAAACGUCAUCAAAAAGCUUCAAUCGGUGCAGAAUGCAGCUGCCAUACUGAUUACACGGUCUAGCAAGUGUCAUCACAUCACUCCCAUCCUCCUCGAUCUUCACUGGCUACCUGUUUCUGAACGAAUUAAAUUCAAGAUUCUACUACUUACCUUCAAGGCUCUGCGUCAGCAAUCUCCAACCUACAUUCAAGACCUUAUCACCCGUUACUUACCUUCUAGAUAGCUUCGGUCAUCCUCUACGCUCGGUGUGAAUCCUGUUAGCUUUAACUUUAAUGGGUCUAGAGCAUUCUCUGUCUCAGCCCCUGAACGUUGGAACAAACUACCUGACGAUAUACGCUCAUGCGAGAAUCUAAGUCUUUUUAAGCAUAAACUUAACUCCCCCCCUCCCCCUUUUAAGAACUUUUACUUUAGUCAUUAGGAAGAUGUAUUUGAUUUUAUAUGUGUUUUAUUUAAAUUUAAAUCUAUGUAUUUUAAUUAACUUUAAUUCUAAUUUUUUCACUUUGUUAAGCGCCUAGAUCUAUUACUGGAUAGGCGCUAUAUAAAUGUUCUUCUUAUUAUUAUCAUUAACUGUGGCUCCACUCACCCAUAGAUGGCAGCGUUGGAAGAAAACAAAUUGUCUCCUCCAUUUUCGGGUUUUAAAUCUAAAAAAUUUCUCCAUGACUCCAGAUAUUAUGGGGUCUCAGGGACAGACAAUGAUGAACAGUCCGUUAAAAAACUUUAGCAAGUGUCUUUCAUCUUUGGCUUCUCGAAGCGUUCUCCUGAUUUCAAAACGGUAGUAUAUUUCUUGUAAACGCUUCUUGUAAGCGCCGAGCUCUCAUAAUCGAGGAUGAAUUUAAAAACAAUUACUUUUGCUGAUAAUUAUGAACCAAGUUAUCUUUAACAAGAUGGUGACCAUAUAAAAUCAAUCCUUGCACAUUUCCAAGUUCUUAGCUGAAUGAUUUUGAAAGCGUUGGUCUUGAAAAAGUUUGAAUUUGACAAAGGUAGUAGUCUGUUUCAGCCAAUCAGUUGAAUGAUCUAAAACGCGCGCGCUGUCAAAAUUUGUUGUUGUAGUUAUGCUUUUCGUGUAUAUUAUUAAUAAGUAAUCACAUGAUUUUUCUCGUGCAAUUUGGAAUAAAUAAGCACUUGUAAAUUUUUCAAAGACCACAAAGUUUUGUUGGUCUUUGAAAAAUUUACUUGUGCUUAUUUAUUCCAACUCGAAAUCAUGUGAUUACCUAUACGUAUAUAUAAAGGAAAACUGUUUUCACCGCCCUUACUGAUGCACACUCGCGGAGCCAAUUUCGAAAAAUUUAUAACACUGCUCAACCUACACAAAAAACGUAGGAGUGUAGCUUGUACCAAGCAGUAUUGUCUCCUACGCUGAGGUCCUUUUGACUCGUCAAGCAGCCCUCCCCAAAUAGGUGACAAGUAGUCUCUCGUUUUCCUCAGGGAUAGUAGAACGAGAGGAUUAGGCGAGCGCGCGUGAAAAUUGCCACCCGCGAAGAAGGUGACAAACGCUCCUGUAUUUUGCUCGCUCAAAUAUCCAAGAGGAAAAUAAGGGGCCACUCCUAGUCUACCCCCAGUAGUAUAUUAGGCACAGAAUCAGCCUUUUUUGCUGUGGAAUCUUCGCUGGAAUACGUAAACGCCUAUGACGUCAUAACUUUUUGUCUUUAUCUCAUGAAUAAAAUGCGGUUAAACCUCUUUAAAGGCCUGUUUACAUGGAGGUGGGGACCCCAGGUAGGUGAGGUAACCCGCGGCUGGUCACCCAACCUAUCAUUUGAACGUGAUCAAAUUAAAAUGAGAGGUUAUUUGGACAGGCGGGUUACCACCCCACCUAAGCGGGUUACCUCACUUGCUUGGGGUCCCCUAACUCCGUGUAAACAGGCCCUAAAAUAAUGUCGUGUGUUUUUUUCAACUUGUUGGACCGGUUUUCCAGUUAUUUCUUGGUAGAUGAAGGUCUUGUUUUUUGAUUGGUUGACUACAUGUAAGAACUAGGGAAAAUAUUCAUUGGUUGAUUGAGGUUGUCGAAGGAAUAAGCGCUAAUUAACUCGCCUUGACAUAAAAUCACUGAUUCGUAACGUAGUUUACGUUAUGCAAGUUACAUUUCAAACCGCUCUCAUUGUUCAACAACAAGUUGUUCCAAGUUGUUGCGGUUUAUUGUUUCCUUGCGCGCAAAUCGUGAAUAUGUAAUGAGCACCAAGGCAAACUAGCCCUUUCUAUCACGAAAAACAAUUUUUCACUUUCCCACAUCCCUUUUUUCCUUUUCCACAUUUCUGUUGUUUCUAUUCACCACCACAACCACAUUUCUAUUGUUUUCCCUUAGCUCGCGAGGUUGUGGUAGACUGUUGUAAAGAAAAGAAAACUUGACUUCGUAAAUCUUCCCACAGAAUGGAAAGAAUUGUGUAACGAACCAAACGGAGGACUGCUUAAAAGGCUAUCCUCUUUUCUUUUAUCCACACAGUGGUACUUUCUAAGCAGACUACGAGACUUUUAUUUUCUAUCCUUCCACACACGAUAAACGGAAAACUCUAGAUCUUUUUCUUUGUUUGUUUACUUAAAACAUAAAAUAACCAACGAUUUGCAAUUGCAGCAAUUAAGUAGCUUAAUAUGUUCCUACAAUAACACUAUUUUAAAAUACAAAAUACAAACUAAAUUAGCUAAAGUUAACUCCUUUAAGUACUCCUUCUUUGUGGGAAUUGUCAAAGACUGGAACAGUUUGCCGAACCAUCUCUUCACAGACGAAAUUAACGUUAACAAAUUUAAAAAAGGCUGUAAAAGAUGGAUGAAGAUUUAGUGACACUGUGGCUGUGUUUUCACUAGGACAAUUUUAACUAGAUAAAGCCGGAAAAGUCCGGAAAUACAGUGAAAACACCUCGUCCUGGUUUUAGCUAGUUAAAAAUGCAAGCUGUUUUCACAAGCAAAAACAAGGGAUUUUCUCGCCUUUACGAGCGUAAAUUCACGCAGAGUUAUACUACCUCGCGAGAUGGUAUAACUUGUCCUGAUAAACGCUGUAGCCAAUCGGGUCGCGCGUAGUGACAGACGCCUGCCAAAUAAUCCGGUAAUAUUAUUUUCCAGAGGCUAUUGCUUCUUGGUUGAGCUUGAGAAAUUCAACAUGGCAGACAAUUCCAACAGUCAUUUCUUUCGAUUUACAAUCCCACCGACCCCACUGCAUUGUCUAUUUCUUCGGCCAGAUCCUUAAACCAGAAUUGUGGUCUUGGAUAAACCCACAUAGUCUUGCGCUUAUCCCAGUUAUGGCACUGAAUAUUGUUUCGUUGUUGCAUUGACAGAAUUAAAAGAUUUCGUCGCAUCUUCCUCAUUUGCAAGGACAUAAGCCUCAUUUGCCGAAUAAAACUCCUUCUCCUUCGCAAAAAUACAGCGAAAAUAAUCACACGAGAAGUCAUUACAAGCACUUCGUCCCCUUUCAUUUAUUACUAUGGCGCGCUUUUCCAAUUUGAACCCUCUGAGUUAGUGGCUUAGAUUGCCACAGUGAAAACAGUUAUCACGUUUAACUAGUAAAACUCGGUUUGUAAACAAAUCCUAGAAAGAAUGUUCAGCUAGUUAAUCGCCCUAGUGAAAACACAACCUGUAGCUCAUAUUCUAACUGUAUAUAUUUUCAUUUUAAAUAUCAUACUUACUAUACCAUUUUGUACCUGCACUAUAAAAAACAAUUCCUUCAUUAGAGAACAAAAACAAUCCUAUAUAUAAUAAGUGAAGAAAGAAAAAACUAUUCAUUUACAAAUUCUAAAAAAUAGAAGUAACUUAACCUUACAUAAAAGAAGAGGAAAUAGAUAUAAUUAAUAAUGAAAGUUCCAAAUUCUAUAAAAUUAAGAAUUCCAUUAUGCAGAGAUAUUAAGAUCAUACAAUCGAAUUAUACUAAUGACGGCUAAACCAGUGUCCAUAAAAAGCCCUAAGUAAAAGCAUAUAGACACGUAUUUCAGAUAUCCGCACUAGCGGCAUUUAUUUUACAGUCUAAUGAUUGCUCUAUCUUGCUACGAAACGGCGUUCGCGAACCUCUGACGCAUGCAUGUACCGAUCUUAAGAGUUCAAACGAGAUCUGUGUCCUGAGCCAAGUGAUUACAACAUGAUAAGGCUCGGUGUCUUUCUGAGCUAUCUUGUACCUGCACUAUUGAUUUUUGCGCGCGUUUUUUAAUUUUUUAAUAUUUCUACUAAAGUUCAGUUAGGGAAUCUUUUAUAGGGAUAACCUCACGGUCCACCUUUUCAAAUAUGUAUCGUGCAUCAUGUUUAUGUGCAUAUAUGUAUUUAUCAUCAUCAUCAUUAUUAUUAUUAUUAUUAUUAUUAUUAUUAUUGACAUUACAUCGGAAAGUGCGCAAGCCAGAAUUUAAGUAGUAACUUUUUAUCAGUUUGAAUUUUUAUUUUUAAAUAGUUUUUAUUUUUUUUUUAUCAACUUUUUGAUGCUUUUUAUAAUUGUUAUUAGUAGUCUUUAGAUAGUCAUUUUACAACAAUUCUCUUUCGUAGACAAGAAAAAUGUACAUAGGGUAUAUAUUUUAAUAUUUCAUAUUCUUGAAUCUGUAAAUAGUCUAUUUUUUUUUUUUUUUUUUUUUUAAUCUAUGAAUAAAGUCUUGUUUUAUUAUUAAAAAAAAAAAAAAAAUUAUUAUUAUUAUUAUUAUUAUUAUUAUUAUUAAAACAGUUUUGUUAUUGUGCUUCGCUUUAUUCCCUUUUAGGUUCCCAAGGUUGCCAAGCACUGGAAGGAAGUUAAAGAAAGCGGUGUUCUCUCCAUGGAACUGGUUGAUCAUGUGUUUUCCAACUUUCUCCUGAAGGGUAUUGCCAGAAAAGACCUUCUUGAUUUGAUGGAACAAUUUGGAUUGAUUGCAAAAUUUUCGUCUCCAAAGACAGGAGAAAAGUACUUUAUUCCAUCUCAACUCAAAGCGUCGCCUGAUUCUCUUUGUUCCCUGGCGCCCACAACCCUCGACCCUUGUCCCCUGUUUGUUUACUUCGUCAGCGGCUCUGUUCCCCAUGGUCUGUUCACUCGGCUUGUUUCUCGCUCUGUCCAUUGGUGUUCUGAGGCUGGUCUAACUCAGCCCCCUAUCCUGUACCAAAAUGGAGCGUGGUUCGUUAUUGGGAAACAAACUGUCCAUGAUUUUGUUCUUAUUUGUAAGAAGCAGUUUAUUAAGUUCUUUAUCAAGCAAAGAAACCACCCUCAGCAGAUCUCUGUGGAUGAGACAAGUGAGGUGGCAGUGCAGGUUCGUGAGUUUGUGGGGGCAACAUUGCAAGCUUUGUCACGUGAUCUCUAUAAAGGUGGAUUGCAGUAUCAUAUUCGGGUCGCCUGUCCGUAUUGUCAGCGGGAAAAGUGUUCAAGGCAUAAUCAGAUUGCAUGUUCUCAUGAAGACUGUCUUCACCUUCUUGAGGUAAGACAUGGCGUUCAUCUGACUUGCGAAAAGAAACCUACAGAUGAAGUACUCACAGUCAUAGGAAAGCAAAAAUGGUUCUCACAGACACCAAGUAAGGUAGGUGGCACUGAAAUCCCAUCUCUAUCAGUGCUGUUGGCAUGUUACAUGUAAAUGGAAUGUUGACUAAAAUUCCGAAAAUAAGCCCCUCCAAAUAUAAUCCCCCAAACUCGUAGUUAAAACCCUCCAUUAAAUCGCCACACCCGAAUAUAAGCCUCCCGGGGCUUGUACUUUGAAAUUGCCCUCAAAUACAAAAUAAAACAAGUUAAAAACGGUACAGUAACGCAUAAUGUUUUUAAUUUGCCAAAGAACUAUUCCUCGUGCCAAAUGAUUGCAAUCAAGAAGUGUCACAGUGUAUUGCCGUUUGCGUAGUUCACUCUUCACUCUUGGCUUGAAUUUCUUCGAUCCAUAUAGCCAAAGUACUCGCAUGGCUGAGUUUUAGAAAGACCUUGGUCCCCAUGGCGAAUUUCAGUAAAACCUUCGUGCAAAUUACUGACAUAAAUUUAUUUCCAACUAUAAUCUAGCCCAAUCGAUUUUGAGACGCAAAUGUCCCUCCCAUUUCCCUUCGUAUGUAAGCCCCUCAAAAAGGGCCUUUAAAAAAUAUAUAUACAAAAAAUAUAAGCUUGGGAGCGUAUUUUCGGACUUUUACGGCAUAUUACUACUAAAUUGAUAUUAUGCUACUGAAAGGCUACUCAUUUAUUUAUACUUAAAAAGCUUCAACAAAGUUUGUGUGUGUCAUUAUUAGGUUAUAAUAAUGUACAACGUAGGCCUUCAUUUAACCUACAACAAGUCUCUCGCUGGGUAAAAAGAAGCAAGCAAUAGUUCUUAAAAUCAAGUAAUUUGAUAAGUUCAGUUGGUUACCAUAUGUGACUCAAAAUUCUAUUCAAGUUCUUUUAGCACUUUGCCCGACAAAUGGCUAGCUCUGAACUGAGAAUCUCUUUACAGUAGUCAAUUAACAUCAUCAACUCUGUUGUUAAAUACCUACUGCAGCCGUAGCAGUCGGUAUUCAUAACCGUUUCUCAAGUCUUUCUUAACAAGCUCUUUGCUUCACUUUAAAACGAUAAGUUUAUAGCUUCUAACUUGAUGAUAACAUGUUUUGCAAACUUUCUUUCAAAGCGGUAAACACCCCAGGUGUACACUUUCUAUUUUAAAAUAUGUAAUUUUGGUUUCUGUACAGGACGUGUGUACUCCAUCAUCACGACCACCAUCAUCAUCAUCAUAUGAUGCUGAACAAGGUCAUUCAGAACGUUUGAUAUUGAAAGUUACUCUCCUGGCGAACGAAUGGGGGUCGUCUAGGGGUGGUUUGUCAACAAUAAACAGAACUCUUGCCAUACAUUUGGCAAAAGACCCACACGUAGAAGUGACCAUUCUUGUACCUGAAUUUGAGUGUGGAGAAAAAGACAAGAGAGAGGCUAAAAGUUACAACAUCUCCAUCAUAGAAGCAGGGCAUCUUCCUGGCUUCAGUGAUCCUCUUGAUUGGUUGAUCGUUCCACCAGAGGACCUUGACAUUCAGGUUGUGAUCGGCCAUGGAGCAAAGCUUGGCAAACAAGCGCAAGUUAUCAGAAAAUCUCAUCAAUGCAAUUGGGUGCAGGUUGUUCACACUGAGCCUGAGGAGCUGGCGAUGUAUAAGAACUAUCCAAGUGCGAUUGCCAAGGGAGAAGAGAAGAACACAGCUGAAGUUGCACUUUGUGAAAAUGCAGACCUCGUUGCAGCCGUUGGACCCAAGUUAAAAGAAGCGUUCUCGUGCAAGUUGCGUUUAUAUCAUCAAGAUAUCUUUCAACUGAUACCAGGUUCCUUUGCAGAGUUUUCAGAUAUUAAACAUGCUGCACAUGAUGGUGUAAAUUUCAGAGUAUUGACCUUUGGUCGCGGUGAUUUGGAAGACUUUAGUCUUAAAGGAUACGACAUUGCCGCUAAAUCCAUAGUUGAACUGAAGGACAGUUCCUAUAUUCUGAUUUUCGCUGGUGCAUCUAAGGGAAGGCAGGAUAAAGUCGCAGAAAACCUACUCCAGACUGGCAUUUCAAAGAACCAGCUGAUUGUUAGAUCAUUUGUGAAAGACAAACAAAAAUUGAGAGAAUUGUUUUGUGCUGUCGAUCUGGCCAUCAUGCCAUCAAGAACUGAGGGGUUUGGUUUGACAGCAUUGGAGGCCGUGUCAGCUGGUCUUCCCAUUCUGGUUAGUGCAAACUCCGGAUUUGGAGAAAUACUGCGCAAACUUCCAGUGGGUGAGUCAUUUGUGAUCGACUCUGAUGACCCCAAAGAAUGGGCAAAAGCAAUUGCAGCCAUCCGUCAAAAAUCAAGGACACAGCGGCUUGAGGAAAUCCAAAGACUGCGAAGAAGUUAUGAUGAAAGAUUCUCUUGGGAGAGACAGUGCCAGGCCCUUGUCGCCAGAAUGUGGAAGAUGGUCUAUGGUAAGAUAUCACAUUGUAUAUGUCCAUUGCCGCUGCAACAGCGAGUGCAUAAAUACAUUUUUACUAUAUUAUGUAUCGUGGUCUAUGUGCAUCGCUGAAGAAAUAUUGCCGUUGACCUUUUUAACCUUGGCAUUCACAUGGCAUUCACAUUCUCUACACCGUUCUCCGUACUCCUCUUGUGUUACUUAUCAGUUUCAUUUUUAAGACUUUUAUUUAUAAUUUUAAAACAUGUUUGCUACACUUAAAGGAGUUAGCGAUACAUGAAAAUUAAAAUCCAUAACAUUGCGAUACAUCAAAGUCAUUUGAUUUCUAUUCAAAUGCAGUAGCAAUGGUGGUGUUCUCUUGUAUAUAAAAAGAACGUUGCAAAAAAAGACUAGCUAAACUUUUGGCUUAUAAUUUGUCACAAAAAAUGAAAAGGGGGCUUCUGAGGUUGAAAUCUUUUUUUUUUUAAGAGUGACAUUUUUCUUCUAUAGAUCAUCGCUUUUUAUAACUUCACAGGUCUUGGAAAAGCCAAAGAAGAUGACGUUCCACAGAAAGACUGUGAAAAGGACGCUUCGACAGAACCGAUGGCAGGUAAUGUUAUUGUUUGCUUUGUCAGUUGAACCAAAGACAAAAGAUUUUCUUCUGUUCAACCAGGGGACUUUCAAUUAUUGGGGUGCAUCUCCAAGUAAACUGACGUAAACUAACUGUUUCCCUCUCCUGCUUAUUUUAAACUUUACAGGUGUUGAAAAAACCCAAGAAGAUGACGUUCCACAGAAUGACUUUGAAAAGGAUGCUGCAUCAGGACCGAUGGCAGGUAAUGCCAUUGUUUGCUUUGAGAAUCAAACCAAAGCCAAAAUAUAUUUUGCAGUAGAGUGAAAUCAUUUAGUUCUUUGGAGACCACAGUAAUUUUUGCUGAAAUUGUCUGCUGUUUUGAGCUUCAGACCAGUGCACCAUCUCCUAUUGAACUGGCAUGAAAUAACCCCUAUCUUACGUUAAUUUUUUUUCAUUUUCCGUUUACAGGAGAACCCUUUUUUAUUGCACUUCAACAAAUCAUACGGGAAGCACGCAUAGAGUCCAGCAAAACUAAGCUGUCGCAGGCUUUGAAGAGGACUGCGUUGGAAAAAGGUUUUGCAAUUUCUGACAAUCAAGGAGAGGGAAACUGCAUGUUUUUUGCACUUUCAGAACAGCUUGACCUUAUCAAAGGAAUCAAAAUCUCCCAUGAUGAGUUACGCCGAACUAUUGUCAAACACCUUCGGGAAAACCCUAAGCUGGUAAGUACCUUUUUUUCUUUUUUAUUAUUUUUAGAGUGGAUAUAUUUGCGGUAUAUGCGCGUGGCGCGUCACAUAAUAGUGAACAAUUUAACAGUAAACAUCCCUUCCCUCCCCUCUCUCUCUCUCUUACACGUGUAACGGACAUCUCCCUUUAAACCACCUAAACCUACUCCCCCUCCCUAAAAGUGUUGGUCUCUGCCGUUCUUUACUGUUUUUUUUUUUUUUUACAUUUUUAAGGAGAAUAGUAUAGGGUGCACAGGUUAGACCGCUUUUUUUGUAGUGUAAUCUCAUUAAAAUGAAGUGGAAAAAAUGAUGAUAUCUCUGUCUCGUGAAUAAAAUGUGGUGAAAUCUCAUUAAGAAAACGCCACGAGCUAUUUUUAUGUAGUAUUUUGUACAUCCAUUUAUAUAACUUGUAGGGAUCAUGCCCUUAUAUUGACAUAGAUUAGUCCAGAUUGUGUGUGUCAUGUCUUUAUUUGGUCAUGAAGACACCUGUGACUUAAAAUCACUGAUCCAUGGCGCCUUCUUUCCCCAUUGCAGACAUCUCAGGUUGUCUUCACACUAUACGGUAUAGCUUUUACGCCGGCACGAAAAUCAUACUGGAUGGGGUUUCAGUUCACACAUGAGAACGGUGAUUUCGGCGCGAUUUCUUUAACGCGCCGAUGCAGCUGUCCCUUUCGUAAACGGUCGCUGCAAUUUUUCAGACACUAGGGAAAUUUUUGAUCUGUUAUUGAGAGUGUUUCUAUAAAAAAGAAAGAAAAUCGCAACCCAGGGUCAAACCCGGACCUCGAACCCGGACCUUUCCUGUCCUAAUCUCUCUCCCUUACCACUAGAUUACCCCACCGACCCACCAAAAUACUGAAAAAAAUUAAGUACAUACACUAACAAACUGUCUUUCUUAACUGUUACAUCAAUAACAGGUGACCCUAGCCCUUUCAAUAAAUUUUAACGAAAAUUCAACUUGGCUCCAACGCCGUUUUCUAGCACUAUUCAAAAACGUAUUAUUUGCCUUUUUGUAACUAAAUGCAGGGACUACAUUACAUCUAUCAUGACUAAAGGCUUGGUUACUAAUGCUGGCAUCGCCCGUUAAAAAUGGAAAUGAUUGAUUACGAAAGGGAAUGAGGCCGUGCCGAUCUCUAAAGUGGAGAGUCACAUAUCGAAUAGAAAUUCACACUAUACUGGAUGGCUUUUCGUGUCGUCACCAAAGCUUAUCUGGUAUAGUAUGAUCAUAGCUUUAUUGUUCUGGUUCCGGUUCACUGAUUCUUGGCGCGCAAAGGAGAUAAAGACGUCAUCCACUUAAUUUAUUUCACUGUAAAAAAGACGUCUAACUGGUGUGUCCUUAAUACUACUGAGGUGGACAUAUGAUUUCUAGUUCCGAUACUAAUGGUGUCGUCUUAUAAAGAGAGCUGACAGCGCAGCUGCCUGAAUAUAUACCUUCUACAAAAGCACUCUACCUUUUUCUCUAUUAACUACAGCAUUUUCUUUCUUACAGACUGAUGGGACAGAACUGUUUCAUUUUGUUGAUGGAUAUCCAUCUUGGGAAGCCUACCUCACAAGUAUGAUGGCAGAUGGUACAUGGGGUGAUCACGUGAUUCUACACGGCGCGGCAAACUGUUUUCAAACGUGCAUCCAUGUAAUUAGCAGUCUGCAGCAUCGCCAUGACGUAAUGAUCUGCCCAGAGUAUGAUGUUACUAGUAGCAACCGGCUGGUGCUGGGUCGCUUGCACGAACUUCACUAUGUUAGCCUUAUUCCACAGAUAGGAGGUAAAGAUGACUGA